AUGGGCAGAGGAAAGCGAGGGCAUUCGAGAAGAGGAAACGCUCAGAUUCGAGAAGUUUGGUCUCGAAAUUUCGAUUUGGAACUCGCGAAUUUGAAUGACUGUCUAAAUCUCUACCCGAUUCUGACCAUCGACACAGAAUUUCCUGGGUUUAUUCGGAGUACUCCAUGGGGCGCCAUUGAAGAAAAACUCUACGACGAUUUUCGAUUCAAUGUGAAUCGGACUAAGCUCAUCCAACUGGGUCUCACGGCGUCUGAUGAAAUCGGCAAUAUUGGUAGCACAUGGGAGUUCAAUUUCUCCGAUUUCGACCCCCAAAUCGACACCCACAACGCCUCCUCUGUCUCCUUCCUGAAACAGAACGGCUUGGAUUUUGAUAAACUGAAGGAAUUCGGAAUCCCCAUCAACGAAUUCACUUCCAAAGCCUUUUUUCUCUUCCGAAAGCAUCGGAUUGUUCGAUGGGUCACGUUCCACGGCUUGUACGACAUUGGGUAUCUGCUGAAGGCGAUGGGGGUGGCCGGGGAGAUACCGGAAUCAAUGGAGGAAUUUGCAGAGCUGGUGGAGAGGGCACUGGGGAAUGUGAGUGAUUUGAAGCAUAUGGCGCAGUUCUGCGAAGGGCUGGAAGAUGGGAAACUUGGGCUUGAGAAACUUGCCCAAUUGAUGAACCAGAAGCGCUUUGGAAACAAGCACCACGCUGGCUCAGACAGCUUGCUGACGGCUUCGUUGUAUGCGAAGAUGAAGAAUCAAUUCGAGCUUGGUUCAGAGGUCUGUGAUGGGUUUCUGUAUGGCCUCAGGAUCAAACUCCAUGCGAAGAUUAAGCUGUAUCAGAAUCUGAUGUUUGGGCAGAUUCCUUAUGGCCUUCGAGCUUGUUAUCCGCCUUGUUACAUUGCUUAUUAUUGA